UGUUAAGCGCCAAAGUGGAAGUGGAUUAGGUAAAUAUGCUGUCUCAAUGUAACAAAAGCAAUAUAAAUAAAUAAAUAGUGUUCUACAACAACAAUUGAAGAUCAUGGACGCGGUUGCCUGAAAAGUAUAAAAGGUUGACUGGAAAGCGCGACUAAUUUUUUAAAGCAGUACUAUUGCAAUACUUCUAAAAAACAGACAGUGAAAGUGGUCGGUGCAAUGUCGAAACAUAAAACGUGUUAUUUUGGAAUUUUGCUAUUUUUCCUAAUUACAUACAAUUAUUUUCCACACAUUACUGCCACAAAUAUAACGAUUGCCAAUGAUGUUCGAUUAUUAACGAACAACACGAUAACCAAGAAGAUUAUGGGCGGUGAUUUCGUAUCGAUAGGGGCCGCACCGUUUAUGGUUAAUAUACGUCUGGAUAAUAGAUCUAUGUGCGGUGGCACUUUAUUGCGUAAAAAUUGUGUGCUAACUGCUGCUCACUGUGUCUCCGGCACGCCUGCCUUUCGUUUCGACGUACAAGCUGGUGCAACGAUACUCUGGAAUCGUAACAAAAUGGCCGCUGUGCAGUCCAUUUUCAAACCGCGGCAGUAUAGGGAAAGAACGAAAAAUUUUGACGUAGCCAUUUUGCGUUUGGAUAGACCCUUGACUGGUCAGCGCGUGCAAUUGGUCAAGCUCGGUAAUACCAAUGUGAGACCGGGGCUGCGUGUACGUGUUUACGGUUGGGGUAAUCGGCGUGAGGAUGGUGAGGGUGCUGUGGCCUUGCGUGCCGCUGUGUUGCGUGUUAUGAGACGUGACAAUUGUAAUCGCAAGUAUCGAAAAAGUGGUGACGGCAAUUUAAGUAGAACAAUGUUUUGCGCUGCUUCGGCGGGCAUAAACGAUUCCUGCGAAGGCGAUUCUGGUGGUCCAUUAAUGUUUCGCGGUCGGCAGUAUGGGAUCGUUUCGUGGGGUGUUGGCUGCGGUCGUCCGAACUUUCCUGGUGUCUAUACGAGCAUAAGAGCUGUACAACCUUGGAUUAAUAAAAUUGUUGCACAGCAUUGUCAAUAGAAACUACUCAUUUAUUAUUAGAAUUUAUUUGGUGUUGGUUUGGAUGUAUUAUUUUAAAAUUAAAACAUUAAAUAUGGCAAUAUUAAUAUUU